CGAAAAAUGUGCCGUUUUUUCAUGUGAAUUACGAGCAAUAACUGUGAAAUUAGCGAAACGGGACUAUUAGUUUGCAAAACAAGGCCAAUGUCCAUGGUCAAUUCAUAAGAUGUCGUAAACUGUUCUUUUAUUGAAAAAUAUUGUAUUUGGUUGCUGAUUAAGAUGAUGAAGAGCGCGAAGAACGUGUGCCGGACUUGCAUGGACGAGACCGGCACCCUGGUAGACAUAUUCGCAAAUGUCCGGGAUCCUGUGCUCGACGAGCCGGAGAUGAGCCUCUCGCACAUCCUGGCCAGGUGCACCGACCGUCCAGUGAAACGCGGCGACCUGCUGCCGCAGUUCAUCUGCGUGUCCUGCGUCGUAGCCGUCCAGAAUGCUUUCCGGUUCAAGUGGCAGAGCGAGCAGAGCUACCAGCACUUCCUCCGCGUCCUAAACCAGUCGAGUUCUCCGGAAAACCAAGUGCAGUUAGCUGCUAGUAAUGAGGAUGAGAAUCAAACCCAGAAAAUGCUGCUCAAAAGCGAUCGUCAACAGGAUAAGCAUCAAAUGGGAAAAACGCAGCAAUCAGAAGAUGAUCCAAGUCAAAAACAAACACUCCAAACAGAGCUCCAAGAGAAAAAUGAAGAUGGGUUACCGGAGCCCUUCACCCCGCAACGUCGCAAGCGGACUUGUCGCACUGAAGAUCACCAAGACAUAAUCCCAAAGGAAUCUCCAAGAAGUACCAAAAUGAUGAUACCACAGGUGCGCUGCGAUGCCGAUGGCUACUACAACUGCCCGCAGUGCUCUAAGAGGUUUUCUUCCCAGACCAAGUUAAGGACCCACAUCAGCGAUCAGUGCAACAGGUGUCCCUACUGCCCACUCUCAUAUAUGCACAAAGCGAAUCUGAAGCGGCAUUUACAAAACCACCUAAGCAAGCCGGAGCACAAGUGCGGCCACUGCUCGAAGGCUUUCGUGCGAAAAGAUCACCUUAAAAGGCACCUGCGCACCCACGACAGUGACGGUCCGCUCUCCUGCAGCCAGUGCUCGGCGGUAUUCAUCGAGUACGCUCAGCUGGAAAUCCAUCGCAGAGAGCACAAACAAGGGCCGGGCCCUUCAAAAUCCGAGUCCACAAAGGAACCUGACUCGGAGGACAGCGAUCAAGCGGAGGAUCUGAACCCAAAGUGCACUAAGAACACCUUCAAUGGCACGUCCAGCAGUCCAACUAUGCUUAAGCCAAUUGUCGACGAUAGCCAUUUCGCCAAAGAAAAUUUGAAUAAUCACAAUAUUUUUACACCACGAGGGUUGCGCGGCAGGGAGCUCAAGAAACGUGAUGAAGUCCUUUCUGGUACCACUCAGGAUGAAGGUGACCGCAAAAAAAAAGAGAAACCGAAAUGCGAUCUUUGCCUAAAGAAGUUCAGUAGUGUAUACGCCCUGAAGCGGCAUAUGCUUACUCACAAUCGUCAACCUGAUAUUAGGAAAUGUACCUAUUGUUCCGAGGAGUUCCACACAGAAGAACAUCUCAAGAGGCACGAGCGUGGUCACACGGGAGAUUUGUUUCGUUGCGAAUUUUGCUCAUUGGUAUUUGUAGAUGUUAACUACUUGCAAAAGCACAAAAAACGCAUUCACAGCAACAACGUAAUAGCGAUGCAGAAGAUCAUGUCCAAACGGAUGACUACCGGUUUUAAUAUUGAAAAGCAGCCAUUGAAUUAAGCAUAUUAAUAUAUGUGGAAGAAUAAUGAACGAUUUAUUAUUCAUUAUAAUUAUAAUGACCGUAGGUCUGAACAUCUGUUUUUGAUGCUUACUUUGCAUUUCCUUAAUUAGUUUAAGUUUUGCCCUAAUGAAUUUCACUUGAAAUAUGAUUCUUUUACUUUCAUAAGCAUAAUAUUAUUUAAGUUUCGCUUUAAGAACACAAUUUAUCCUUUUUUU